AUGCGACCGAAAGUGACAAAAACGAAAGAUUAUACUCGAAAAUGGGUUGAAUACACUAUUAACCAUCGUCCCAUAUCUGUGCAGCGUAUGCUAGCCAAUCCCAGUAUUCGAACAGUUUUGUCCCGAACUGGUUGUUCCAUUGAUGUACAGUCAAGUCGAGUGCCGUCCAGUCUAUCGACUAGGUCCACAAUGGAUGAGUUGGCUAUCAUUCGGGUUCAUGUACCGGACGAGAUCACAUUGGAUGUUUUGAACGAGGAAUUGGAGAAUGCGUUCCCCGCGUACAGAUAUCGUCAAAGUUAUCGCCAUCAGUUAUCACAACUUGUGGAUCAGACAAAACGUAUGAUGAACGAAUACACCAAAGAACUAACUCAAAUGGAUCAAUAUGCUGGCGAAGAAAUUUCCGUUCCAUGCAUUCCACAAAAAGGGGACGAUCAAAUCGGGCCAAUGAGUGAACAGAAAAUGUCACAUGAUUUGGAUUCCAGAUGCCCAUGUGAAAUUCGCACAAUGAAGUCGCCGGUUGUACCGAAAUUUCUUUCUGAAUGGAAUUGGCACAACGUCAGUCAACCGUUUGCUGUAUCGAAUGAUCCAAUUGUGACCUUGGUCACAGACUCAACUACCAAGAGCGUGAAUGUUUAUCAUGAAAUUGUUUACGAAAGUUCACCGCAAACAACCAUGCUUGAUGAGUCUGGAGUUCCGCGUUCCUUGGUGAGUCAAACAUAUUUGGAUUACAGAUGUGGUAAUGUGGAAAGUUCCGAUUCCAUAGCCAUUCCCGAUCCAGAGGUGCAGAACAUUCAAGAUGUUGGAACACCGGUUCAAACUCAAGCGUACCAAGUCAGACACUUUUAUCGAUCGACAAUUUUUAACGAGUAUCGAUGCCAAGAGCGUCAUGCAGACAGCAGAUAUUCGCCCUGUUCGGAUUGUCCAGAAGUGACUGUUGAAAUUAAUACCACAUUCAAUCAUGUACGGGCCUCGUGUGAUCGACUUGUGUUGGAACAGUUUGUGGACGACAAACCGUUGACUGUGACACCACAAUAUUUUGAUACGGUUGUACGCCAGUCCUAUUCGGAUGAAAGUUUCACCAAGACUGUUCAACCGAUCCGAUUCGAACUCCCUUCCCCGAGUAAUCGGGACCAGAUUGUGCCAGCUACAAAACCGAGUGCUGAGGAAACCGAAGUAUUAACGUCCACUCUGGGUCGAAGUAAUCUGUUCUGGGAACCGACUCUGGCCUUACCUCCGAUGGAACAGGCAUUCUCGGCAUCUGUGGCCAGAAAAACUGUGAUUGACCUUGAAGCGUCAAAAAGUAGUGCAGUUCCUAAUCGGGAAUCGUUAUACGCAAAUAGGCUUAGUGAGAUCACAGUUUGUCAAGGUCCAGAUGGUGCAAAUCGACGCAUAUUUCUCGAAGAUGAACUAUUAUGCGAAUCGUCUAUCGGUCAAAUAUCGAACACCCUGACUGUUGCUGAUGCAGCCAAUCAAACUACCGCUGAUGAUGUGAUGGUGACCAUGGAACAGGGCAGGCGAUCGAUAUGUCCAAGUGAUGAUCUUACCAGUCCACCGCUCUCACCAACCGCCUUGUCUCCGGUGCUUAGUGAUGUGGCAGAAGAACAUGAACAAAUUGUGAGAUAUAGUCCACCGCGGCAACCAAUCCUAAUCGACGAUGGUUUCGCGAGUGAAACACAAGUGAUUAGUGUUGUUAAACUAACCUCUAUGUUGGGACAGGAUGAUCUAGAUGAUGAACCGAAUGAAAUGUUGGAAAGUAUCGCUCGUGAAGAAGCGUACACAACCGAUGAGUACCACGGAAAUGUGUCCACAAAGUUGAUCGGACUACCCGGAAUUACAAAAGUGAAAGAGGUGGGUAUUCAGGUGGAUGAAGAUGAAGUGGGUACUAUUUGUACAGAGUUUCGCACGAGCGUCAAAUCAGGAGGAAUAACGGAAUCCGGUAAAAAACAGAAUAAAGGCAUACAUCGUUCGGGAGCGCUUCAAGACAUAUCAAAUAGAUCGGCUCAUAGGCGAACAACUGCGGCACCGGAUAAUACGAACACACAACUAGCCAAAAUACAUACCGGUACGGAAAAAAAGGACACCGAUGUAAAGAAUACGGGAAUUGUUGUAGCAUGUACUAAUACUACUACUACUACUGGGACGGGUACUGGUGCUGGUGGGCUUUUGCUACAAACGAGACAACUGACCAAAACAGGUAUGAAGGGUAAAAAGAUUUUUAUCAAACAAUCCACUUCUUUUGAACAAAAAAGACGAUCAUGGAUCAAACUCCCACCCGGUCAAAAAAUAGGAUCCUCAUCCAAGAAGAUACUAACCAAUCUGCCAGAAUUUGUGCACAAGCUAACAGGAUCGACCCGAGCUGUUCAUGGUCAACAUACAAAAAUGCCUGAGCAACCAAACCACGCGCCGGGACAAGUGAUAUCGCAGACCGAGAUUUCACACGAUCCAAAGCAUCAUGCUUUGCUCACUCGGAAAGGAGACACAGUCAGUUCAACUCAACAUCGUACUGUGCACGUAACCAUCUCGGAGGAAUGUGUGCCAGCUAAAAAUCUUGCAUCGGUUCCGUCCAACGGUCAUGUUUCAUUUGUCCCGGAAUCGAUACCAGAAAUUGAAACGAAGGAUACAAUUGCCGUAGAACGAUGCAGUUCUGUUCAGAGCCGUGAGUUAAAGAAGACUGACUCCGAUUCGUGCUGGGCUCCUGCUGGUCCGGUUAAGGCGGAUAUUGAUGAUGGCUCGGAGUGUACCCUGGAUACAUUGUUGCGAUCGAUUUCACUUCCGGAACAGUUACAUGAGAAAGAAAACAAAACACAUGCACCAGUUCUGUCAACACCAGUACACAGGGGUCUGGAAUCGGUUCAGACUAGUAUUUUGACUGAGUUAACUACUCAAAACGAUUCGGAAACAAAUGGUCCGGAAGCAGAUACGGGAAGGGAACAGCAACAUCUUCUGACUGUUCCAAUAAUUAUUGAACCAGCUGGUACGGAUUUGUCUGUAGAAAAUGUUGGAGGACAAGAUUUGGUCUCCACAAUGGUUCCACUAAGGAUGAAUUUCAAUGUAUCACCGGAUCUGGGUAGUCAACUGAUUGCAAUUGGACACGAAUUAGAAGCGGCCACAAUGGAAGAUCAGUCAUACACUACACUGGGAAAUUUUGAGUCUGGUUUGAAGGGUCCCGAACCCCAGCGCACCGAGGCAGAACCUUCCAGUGCAUUUAAUCGCCUAGUUGGGUCUGAAUCAAUUAUCGCAAACAGAGAAAAUCAAGAUGGCUUUAAUGACCUGGAUAAUCCGAUAGAAAAGAUAACAGACAAAAAACCAAAUACUUCUACUCUGCCAGCCUCGACUGCUUCACGAAUGUCACUACGUCUCAUUCGAGAUACAACCCUCAGUCCGAUCGAGUUACGCGUAAUCGGCCGGGACNNNNGGACAUUCACUCAGCCACACCGGAUCUACUGGGAACACCUGAUAUAA